AUGGCCACAACGACGACUAUGGGCAGCGUGCUGGCGCGAGGUCAGGCCAUCUUUGCAGUGAGACCCGCAGCGUCGAUACUUUGCCACUUGCCACGCGGGACAUUGCCACUGUCGUCCCUAUCGCCCGCCUCGAAAUGCUUCUCCGCCGCAACUCGACUUGGCCCGCUUGCCCUUCGAGCGCCUGUCAGGACGAGCUUCGUUGGUUUCAGCCAGCAACGGACAAUAUUCGGCGGGGGUGGCAAUAACAGCAACAGCAACAGCAGCAAUGCGCAGCCUAAUCGAAACCUCCUCGCCCAUAUGGAACAGCAAGCGAACAACAAUCCGUCCAGCGCCACUGCCCAGAAUGGCUUCUAUCAGGCUCUUCUCCGCGCAAACAUGCCCGAGAUCCUCGUCGAACGGUACAACACUGGACGCUACGCCACGAACGCCGCUACCGACCAAGCCUACCAGAAGGCGCUCGAACGAUUGGGCGCUGCCGAAGUAGGAGCAGGUGGACUUGGAGCCAUGGCUGGCCGUAUCCCAGCCGGCAACAGCAACACGAUGAGCAGCGAACAACUACAAGCUAUUGGACAAGCCGUAUCCGCAAAGACACAAGGAGGCAAUGUCAGCAUUUCACGGCAGGGCUCCGGCGCCAAGAGCGAGCCACUGUACGUUGUCGUCGACGAGAGCAUGGGCAGCACCAUCUUCAAAUGGGUCAGGUUCUUCCUGGUCUUUGGUCUGGUCGCAUACUGCUCGCUGGUCGUCUUCACCCUGCUCAUCGAGGCAACUGGCGUGUUGAAGAAGGUCGGCGGCGCAAAAGAUGCCGAGGCAAAGCCUGAACUACAGACAACCAAGUUCUCCGAUGUUCAAGGCUGCGACGAGGCCAAGGAUGAGCUCCAGGAGCUGGUCGAUUUUUUGAAAUCUCCCGACCAGUUUAGUACCCUGGGCGGCAAGCUUCCGAAGGGUGUCCUGCUCGUUGGUCCUCCAGGUACCGGAAAGACUCUUCUCGCACGUGCUGUGGCCGGUGAAGCCGGUGUGCCAUUCUUCUACAUGUCUGGAUCUGAGUUCGACGAGGUAUACGUCGGUGUCGGAGCCAAGCGUGUCCGCGAACUGUUCACCAACGCCCGCGCAAAGAGCCCAGCCAUCAUCUUCAUCGACGAACUUGACGCUAUUGGCAGCAAGCGCCAUGAACGCGAUGCCGCUUACGCUAAGCAGACUCUCAAUCAGCUCUUGACUGAACUCGAUGGCUUCUCCCAGGACUCUGGUGUCAUCAUCAUCGGUGCAACCAACUUCCCCGAAUCUCUCGACAAGGCAUUGACUCGACCUGGCCGCUUCGAUCGCAACGUUAACGUACCGCUUCCAGAUGUCCGCGGUCGCAUUGCUAUUCUCAAGCACCACAUGCGCAACAUCAAGUUCGACCCUGCCGUGGACGCUGCCACUAUCGCUCGAGGUUGUCCUGGCUUCUCCGGCGCUGAGUUGGAGAACGUUGUCAAUCAAGCGGCUGUUCGUGCGUCAAAGCUCAAGCAACAGAAGGUCACAGAGGCAGAUCUAGUGUGGGCAAAGGACAAGAUCAUGAUGGGGGCUGAGCGCAGAAGUGCGGUAAUCCAGCAGAAGGACAAGGUCAUGACAGCCUACCAUGAAGGUGGACACGCUCUAGUGGCGCUGCUCACGGAAGAUUCUACGCCUCUAUACAAGGCCACCAUCAUGCCGCGAGGCCACGCCUUGGGUAUCACAUACAUGCUGCCGGAGAUGGAUCAGGUGUCGGAAACAAAGAGGCAGAUGAUGGCACAAAUUGACGUGGCCAUGGGCGGCAAAGUGGCCGAAGAGCUGAUCUACGGUGCGGACAACGUGACAACUGGAGCGAGCUCGGACAUCACGAACGCUACUCGAAUUGCGUACUCGAUGGUCACCAGGGCCGGCAUGAGCGAAUCGCUGGGCAACAUCGAUCUUGCGAACAACUAUAACAAGCUUUCCGGCGAAACCAAAAAACAGAUCGAGUCUGAGGUUCGACGGCUUGUUGAGGAUGGCAGAAAGCGUGCCGUCGACCUUCUAACCAAGAAUCGAGAAGGAUUGGAACGUCUGGCCAACGCUCUUGUGGAAUACGAAACUCUUAACAAGGAGGAGAUCGAGAAGGUUGUGAGGGGCGAAAAGUUGACCGACAAGCUCAAGGUCGACGUCAGCACUCCCGUCAAGAUGCCCGAGCCCGGCUCAUUCUUACCACCUCCACCUCCACCUGGAGUUCCCGUUCCAGGCGUUGGUUCAGGUAGCCCCGACCCACCGUCAGGUGGCCAGGUGGCAGGCAGUCCUUAG